GAGGUAUCUUUUUGUAUUUUUCUGCCGGGGAUGGGCCAGAUUGGGAAGGGCGGUACGAGGGUGAGACUUGGUGUUGGUGUUUUGGAACAUCAAAGAUGGACAGGGUUUUCGCGGAGGUCGCUCCUCGGAUAUCUCCACACUACAGGUCGGGGGUCUUCCAAAAUCGAGAAGAUUGGUGCAUAUGGCUAGGUCACUUCACCUUACAAUUUGUAUGGCACUCUGGCCCGGGGUUGUGGUGUGGUAGGGAAGAACGGGGGAUAAUCCCACACAGGAGCUUCGAACAACGUCCGGUUCACGUUUGGCUGGAUAACUCCACCACCACACGGGGUAUGCGGUCGGCGAUGGGGUCAAAAUGCUCGUAUGAUCGAGGGCUUUUCGAUGGAUCUAUCGGCGGGUUCUUAUUCGAAAAAUCGAGCGAGUUCGUGGUGGAGCGGUUGACUCAAAGAAUCUGA